GAGGCAUGUCGUCACGUUGAAAUAUCCUUCGAUUGCACAUCAUCACUUCAACAUGUUCUUUGAGGGCAUACCACCGCUUCAAAAUAUUCUUUGAGGACAUGUCAUACCUUCAUGAUCUUCUUCCAUUGCAUAUGUCACCACGUCUAAAUAGUUUACUUCGAUGACAUAUAUCUUCGCUGUGAAAUCAACAUCAUCAGACGAGACCUUCGUCGUCGGCACGACGUACGAAUCCAUAUCCUCAUCGGUCACCAAAUAGGUUCCAUUUUUCAACAAGAAAUGUAAGGAGGAUGUACCGGCUGUGUGUCACUAGUUUACCACCCAGUUUACUACCCAGUUUACCACCCCGCCAUCGUGUAAAAAAAUUUAGAUGUCGUGAACGUGAGGUGUGCUUUUUGGAGGUCAUUGUCCAUUGGAGUUAUUCAACGUUCUCAAGCGCAACGUGCGAAGCGAGCACGCCUGGCGGUGUCUUGUGUAACCAAACAUUGGGUGCGGAGUGAAAGUGACGAUGCGGUGACGCUUGGUGACGUCAUGCGGUGAGGUUGGAAGCCGGCGAUAAUGUCCAUGGCAACAUGGCUCAAGAUCGUUCGUCGGAAGGACGAACGCGAAGACGUGCAACGGAAGACAUUUUCGAAAUGGAUCAACUCUCAAUUGGCAAAGGUCAACCAGCCUCCCAUCGUGGACCUGUUCCAGGACUUCAGGGACGGCACCAGACUUUUGUCGCUGCUGGAAGUUCUCUGCGGACAAGAGCUGAAACGUGAGAAAGGGCACCUGAGGGUUCAUCAUAUCAACAAUGUUAGUAGGGCGCUGCAAAUGCUUGAAGCUAACAACGUGAAGCUCGUUAAUAUCAGCACGAAUGAUAUUGUCGAUGGCAACCCCAAGCUAACGCUUGGCCUAAUUUGGAGCAUUAUCCUCCACUGGCAGGUACACGGAAUCCUGAAAAGGUCAGCGUCCGACAUUCACCAGACUAACUUAGAGAAAACUUUACUGGCAUGGUGCAGAGACGUAACGAAAGGAUAUGUUGGUGUCAACGUAAAAAACUUCACGACCAGCUGGAUCGACGGGCUGGCUUUCAACGCCAUCAUCCAUAAGUUUAAGCCAAACCUCUUUGACUACAAAAACUUGUUGAACAAGGAUCCCAACGCACGAUUGGAACAUGCCUUCGCCCUCGCGGAGGACUACCUCAACAUCGAGCGGCUCCUGGAUCCUGAAGACGUGAAUACGUUGCAUCCUGACAAGAAGUCGGUGAUGAUGUACGUUAUGUGCUUUUUCCAAGUCCUGCAUCAACAACAUCAACCGCUGAGAAGAGCGAGCUCCUCUGACACAUCCGAUACAGAUAUGAGCUUCCAGCAACCCCACCCCCAGUACGGGGCAAUGGCACAGUCAAGCCGUGUUACCAGCAACAGCAACGUUACCAGCUACCAGAGCAGCCUGGAAGAAGUGUUGACAUGGCUGCUGGAGACGGAGGACCGCCUCCUUGGCACUCCACCAAUCAGGGGCACUGUCGAUCAGGUCAAGGAGCUCUUCCAUGCCCAUGAGGAACUCAUGCUGGAACUGACCCAGAACCAGGGGCGCAUAGGUGAGGUGUUGCAAGAGGGGCAUAGGGUGGCAAGGGACUCUACGCUCUCACCCGAAGAGAAGAGGGAGAUAAGAGUUCAGAUUGAGUUGCUGAACACACGCUGGGAAAGCCUCAGACACAAUGCAAUGGAGAGGCAGAGCAGGUUACACGAAACGUUGAUGCAGCUCCAGCAGGAGCAGGUAAACUCCCUAAGACAGUGGCUCACAGACGCAGAGGACCGCAUCAGUCGGCUGGGACCCGCCGGACCGGACCUGGAUGCGACGCAGAGACAACUGGAAAUGCAUAAGGAACUACAAGACGACAUCGAAAAAGAGCAAGACGUCGUCAACUCGCUGUCCAACAUGGUUGUCGUGGUUGACGAAUCGAACACCGAAAAUGCUUCAACAGCGCUCGAAGACCAACUGGCAGCCUUGGGGGAACGCUGGGCUAAUGUUUGCCUCUGGGUAGAAAAACAUGGUGUAAAGCUUCAGCAACUGAAGGAUACUCUCCAGCUGCUCAACGCCGAAGUUCCCACGCUGAAACAGUGGAUGGACAUGAGGGAAACACAACUGGACGACAUGGAGAAGACUGACCUGUCGGGGCUCAGUGUCCAGGCCGUCUUGGAUAUGGUCAAGUGCUUGCAGGUACUCGAACAUGGUCUCGAGUCCCAAAGCAAACGGCUGGACAGGCUGUCCGACGAAAUCCACGUGACGAUCCGGAUCUUGGACAAGGGCUGCCCGGCCAGCAUAGAACUGUCGAGGCAACACGAACAGCUGACGCAACGAUGGGAAGCCCUCUUGCAGAAGAUGGAGGGUGUUAGCAAGAAGCUGGCAAAAUGCAGUGGCGAACAGAAAGCAAAAACAGAGACCGAAAAGCAUCACUUCAAGAAAGAGACCGCCAGUACGACAUCCCGAACGUCACAGGGAAGAGAGCCCGCACUGGAUUAUGGAGCCAAGAAGCGCCGACUUGACAGUUGGAAAGUGAAGGAGUGGCAGCGAGGGCUCGAGAACAUCACAGUGUGGCUCGAACAGAUGGAGAACUCAUUGGGUAUCGACCCUGAAUCGCCCCCAACCAUAGAGCAGUUGAGGAGGCUAUGGGAAGGCAUGACAAGUGAAGAACUUGGCAUCCUUCUGGAGGACGCAGAAAAGCAACUGUCAUCAAACAACGAGCAAGUGGGGGAACUCAUUCAGCAAGGAAGAGAAGUCGUGGAAGGCCUUGAUGCCGUUGGGGAACAGACGAAAGAAGUGCAGACCGUGCUUCGUGAAGUGGAGGUACGCUGGCACGACAUCUGCAACGCCGUUGAGGCACAGAGGGCGCACCUAGAUGGCCUUUCUCAGGUCCGGGCAAUAGAAGGGGAAGUACAGGCCUUAGAACGCCUGUUGGAUUCUCAUACUCGCUGGCUUUCUUCCACGGAGCCAGCGGCAGCUAAUGCUCUUCAGCGGCGCCACUCGGAUGACGUGCGGAGGAUUCUUGAACAGUGCAAGAUGCGACUCAAGGCCCUAGGAAGCCAGGACGAGAAGCUCCUUGAGCUCCAGGAGAAAGGACAUGCUUUAGAAAAGAAAGUCCCAUCACUCAGCUGUCAACCACUGUUCAAUCGGCUCGAAGUGCUUGUUGACCACUGGAAGGACACUACAACUCUCAUGGAGGAACUAGAGAGGAAGCUGUCAAGCUCGACAGAGAAGGAACCGCCCCCGAAAUUAAUGGCGGCGGUUGAAGCUCUGGAAACGUGGAUAAAGAAUGUGCUGGAAGCAUUGGAGUCGGAGAAAGUUGAGGUUCAGGAAAUGGGUGCCAUGGAAGACCAGCUCCAGAAGUAUAAGGAAAUGCAAUCAACCGUUGACGAAGAAGAGUCAAACCUGCAGUACGUAAUGUCCACGGGGGAAGACCUGUUAGACAAGGAGCCCGAAGCCCCAUGGGCCGACGACUUGGAGCAGAAACUGCAGGGUCUGACAACUUACUGGGACAAGGCAUCUGCCUUGCUGAGAGAGAGGCUGUUGUUUCUCGAAAAUAACCUGGCAGAGCUGAAGAAUUUCAAGGAAGAAAUGGACGGUGUCGCUUCGUGGAUCAACGACGUUGACAGUUUCCUCCAGGAUGAGGAAGUUGCCAUUGGGGACUUGGAAAAGCUGGAAGCCCAGUUGGAGCAGACUAGCGCACUCCAAGAGGACAUCGUGACUCUCCAGCCCAAUGUGGACAGCUUAAACCAGAGUGGCCAGAAACUAAGUGGCAGCGCUGGAAGCGUUUUUGAUGACACGCUAGGAAAACAACUGGCAAUGCUUAAUGACAAGUGGGAGCAAAUCAUCAAGAUGACACGGGCCAAGCGCGCCUUGCUGAAGAAGGCCCUGGAAAGUAGCAAGUCGGCACUAGACGGAUUGGGGGAGAUGAAAGCCUGGCUGCUCAAGCUCAGAGACGAGGUGCCCAGAAGUACGACCAUCAACACAGCGUCAGAACUGCAGUCCAGGACAAGAAAGCUGCAGUCCUGCAAAGACAAACUCGAUGCAAAGCAAGGAGAGUACAACAGAUUGAAGGACACCUGCACCAAGCUCCUGUCUGUCGGGAAGGACUCUGAGAAGGACAGGCAUGACCUGGCAUCGGUCACGAAGCUCUGGAACGAGGUUUACGACCACGUCACCUCAUCUCAUCAGUCCUUGAAGCAGGCGGGGACAAGUUAUGCGGAGUUUAGAAACUUUGUUAUGAUGGAAAACGACUGGCUGGACAGGUUGGAGAAAAAACUGAAACGUUCACCAGAGUCAGCAGCAGACGCCGAAGAAAUUUCUGAAAACUUGGAUGAUUUGGAGAAUUUCCUUCGACACCACCCGGGCGACCGAAUUUCAAGGAUCCAAGAGUUGAGCGAAGAGCUAAUCGAAAAGGAUGUGUUACCUGGUCUUGUGGCACGCGAAUCAGAGGCUGUCCUGAAGAGGUGGAAGGAACUGACUCGUAAGGGUAGCGAGCGUCAGCACGUUCUAGAGAACAGCAUUGUGCAAGCCCAGAAGUGCGAACGGCAGAUCCUGACCGUGCAGAGCUGGAUAGGUCAGAUGGAUGCUGCCUUGCAGAGCCGCCUGGACAAUGAUAUCAGUGCACAAGAUGUGCCGGAAGAGUUAGCUCAAUUCAAGCAAGAAUUCGUGGAAAAAGAGGAACAGAUGAAGAACUUGAGCGAUCAAGUAGAGACUUACCGUUCACAGAACAGGCACGAAGCAGCAGCGAGGUUAGAUGAGCAGCUGCAGCUGAUGAAAACGAGAUUUGAAGAGAUAUCGUCGAAGCUGAAACGUUUUCAGCGGCCUAACGAGUUUGAGCCGAAAGUUGCACGUCUGAGCAAGAUGCUGAUGGAAGUUGAGCAAGGCAUGAAGCAGCUCGAAGUCAACUCUGAGAGUCCCGAAGCAAUCCAGGACCAGUUGAUGCAGUGCAUGCACUUCUACAAGCUCCUUAGCGAAGUGAAGGCGGAGGUGGAGUUGGUAAUCCGUCAAGGUCGACAAAUCGCGGAGGCUGGUGAACUAGGAAGUCCACGUGAACUGAACCAGAGGCUGGACAACCUCAAGAGCCACUACAACCAACUCGGUUCAAAGGUGACAGAAAGUAAGAGUGUCCUAGAACAGUCCUUACGGCUAGCACGGUGCCUGCAGAAGGAGAUGAUCUCGUUGCACAACUGGAUGACUGCGACAAUGGAGGAGAUCGAAAAGCAGCGGUCUGCGGAAGACGAGGUUAAAUUCGCCGAGAACAAGCUUCAGGAACUCGAACAGAAGAAGCCCUCCCUGGCAGCCAUUGUCGACCUGAGCGACGGACUUCAGGGCUUGACUCUCGGCCAGAAGCUGCACUCGCUCAACAGCACCGUGAAGACGCUGAAGCAGCAGUGGAGCAACAUCGACGACAUCCUGCGGAAGAAGGCGGCAUCGGGCCCGACGGAUUUCAAGAAGCUGUUCGAGAGGUCGUGUUCCCGACUGACCAGUUUAAAGACCUGGGUGGAAGGAGCCGAGCUCUACUUCGUGGCCAAGCCAGAGUACAAGGAGUCGCCAGCGGGACAGAGGAAGCUAAAGGUCCUGCAAAGUGAGAUGAAUGAGCAAAAUCGCAAAGUCCAACUGCUCAAAGAAGAUGUACUCGAACUGAUGCAACGGGGGCCAGAACACCUGCAGGUCAUCGGGCCGGCGCUGAACGAACUCAGCGAACGUUGGAACUCCGUCGUUGAGAAGCUGAAACAAAGCCUUCCAGUCGAACAGUCGUCCAUAGAGGUGCAGCGGUCAGUGCUGAACGAGCUUCGAGCAUCUCCGGUGCUCCUCUCGUCGUCCUCUUCAGAUCCAGAUACGUCGGCGUCGGAACACCUAGACGGGAAGCUCCAGCAAGUCUCAAAGAGGGUGGAGGCCCUGGAGAAGCAUCUUGACAGGGGAAUCCUCCUCGUCACCAGCGAAGUUGUAGACGAGUGCGAGCAGAUCAUUAAAAAACUCUCCUCGGAGAUCGAGAACCUGGGAGUGGCCGUGGACCAGAUCUCGGCAGACGUCGAACGGACUCUUCCGCGCCUCUCACCCACAUCGUCAUCGACGGAAAAGCUUCGAGGGGAUGCGGGGGCGCUGGAACGGUCGUGGGACAGGGCGAGACGAGAAGCCGAGCAGCGGCGGAAGCACUUCCAGGACCUGGUGGUGCGCUGGAAGCUUCUUCAGCAGCAGACCGAUUCCACGGUUGUGCAGCUGGUGGUGCUGCUGAGGAACCUGGAGCAUGCGCGUACCGUACAGAGCAGGCAGAAGGGCGCCCUCGACCAAGCUGCACGGGUCGGCCAGGACAUCGGAUCGUUGCAGCAGCAAGCGCAGGACCUCCAUCAGCUGGGCGUGCCAUCCGUCGCUACGCAGAGUCUCUUCCAUCGCCUGCAUCAGCUUUGGAACCAAGCCCAAAGUCUCCUGAGUCACCUACAAGUAUCUAGUAACACCAAGGCGACCUCUGCAGGCGCCACCCAGACCGAAGUGCCGCUGGCUGUCAUCAGCGAUGCGCGGGCCCUGGAGAGGGUGUCCGAAUAUCUGGCGCACGUGGCGAAAGUCCGUGAGGCCCUGGCAGCGCUCAGUCAGCGUGCUCACGCUCCGGAGCUCUGUGGGAAGGAUUUUGAGAACUUUGAGAAGCAAGAGGGAAUCAUUAAGUCGGUAAAGGAGGCCUUAGACACGCUGAAGGGAACGGUGGAUGCCGUAAAGCAAGAGCAAGCGAGCAUAGUCCAGAAAGCGAGCGACCAGGAAGCGCUGGAAGUGUCGCGGGCCACCGAGAAGAUGAGCGAAGAGUGGACCAACCUGAAGCAGGUCUACGCGGAACGCCACAGCCGUUGGCUGAAGACCAGGGAGUUCUGGCAGACGUUCGACUCCAGCAUACGUAGCCUCAAUCUGUGGAUGGAAGAGGUUGAGACCAUCCUCGUGCAGUGUCGUCUGCCAAACGGCGACCUCGACGUGGAACUCUCCCAGAAACACCAGGAGUCAAUGGAGAAGCAAGUGAGUGAGAAGAUGCCACACCUUGAGACUGUCAAGGGCAUGACGAAGCAGAUCAUGGACCAGUGCUCGGCUGCAGACGGCGUGCUGCUGCAGCAGAAGCUGGAAAGCCUCGUCCGCAGGUGGAAGGCUGUUCUGUCCGAACUGCAGUCACGGAGGGAGAGGCUCGCCAUCGACACUUCUCGCUCUGAACAAGUUCGUGAGGACUUGUCGGAGCUCAAGGCUUGGCUGCUGGAAGUUGAGGGCCUCCUAAACCACAAAUUUUCGGAUGACGACGACGUCUCGGCGGCAAAGGAGAAGUUGGACAGCAUGAAGAAAUGCGAAGGAGAAACGCGAUCCAGGAGAUCGAACCUACUCUCCGUCAUUCUCGGCGGGUCGGCAGUGAAGCCGAAAGAAGUCGAAGUUCUCGAAGAAAAGUUUCAGAAAGCCACUACGGAGUUGGCGACAGCGAUUAAAAAUUUGGAAGAGUCCGUUGCACCCAUGGAGAAGCUUCUCGAAGCCACAGAAUCAGAGCAACAGAAGCUGUCUGUGACACGACGGGACGUUGAGAAGCUGCUGGCUGCGAGGUUGCUCGGGGAAACCUCACCCACCGUCGAUGUAAACGAAGAUGUCCUGCUCAAGCACGGUGCCGAGUUGCGGGAGAUUGAAGAAAAAGCGGCAGAAAUCGAGAAGCAGCUCCCUCUGAUGCCAUUGGUCAGGAAAAAGGUGGAUCACCUGACGGACAGCUGGAAAGCCAUUCAGCAAAUAGUCUCCAGGAUCGGCCCACCACUGUCUCUAGUCAUUGACUUCCAGCCAUCGAUGUGUGCAACAGCAGCUCCUACCAUAACGCCGCUGGACGGCUAUUGCAGGCAGUGGAACAGUCUGGCAGACGAACUGGAGAAGUGGCUGCAGAGGCGAGACGCAGAGCUCAACGCUCAACAGGUGGACCUCGGCAAUGAAGCAGCCAUCAACGAUGCCAUCGACAACGUCAAGAAACAUCUUGCCGAGCAUGAGCAGAAAGGUGUGACCUUGAAGAAGUUGCAGACUGCUUUGGACUACCAAAUCGGCAAGUCUGACAACAAGGCCGACAAGGACCUUCGCAGUAAAGUGCUGGAGCUCCGUGAAGCUUGGGAGCGAAGCGAGGCGAACGCCAUGCAGCGUCGUCGCCAACUGGAGAGCCUCGCCUCUGAUGGAGGACGAAGCCUGGACGACCGUAGGAGGGAGCUGGAAACGUGGCUGGCACACAUGGAAGCUCGUGUCGACCACCAGCACCCGCCACAUUCAGUCGACGCCCUCGAGGGACAGCUCAGGGAACAGAGGAUGCUGACAGCCGAACUGGGCAAGUGGAAGGUGGCGGUGGACUCGGUGACCCGCAUGGCUCAGAAGAUGGCGACCGAACCGAGAGGAGCCAUCAGCGAGGAUCCAGACGAGCUCAUCGCCGCCGUCGAGAGAAUCAACCGGCGAUUCGCCGAUCUUUCCCUGAACGUUCAGAGUCGUGGCAAAGCCCUGCAGAACGCCCUGAGUUCUCUUCAGCAGUUAGACGCUGCCUUGGAACGUUUUCUGGGUUGGAUAGCUGACGAAGAAGCAACGCUGGACGCCCUGGAGACGCAGGCUGAUCGCUACGGGCCCAGAGAUGACGUCCACAGGGCUUGCAGCUUCCAAGACAGGGUCAGGGAGCUGCAGCGAGAAAUCGACUCCCAGCGUGACCUGCACCUGACCAUCAAUGAACGCAGCAGUCAUGUCCUGCAGGCGAUGGACAGACAAGAAGAGGCCCUCAUGUUGCGAAGGCGGCUUGAUGAGAUGAACAGUCGAUGGAACAACCUGCGGAUGAGAACCAUGUCCCUCAGAAACCGUCUGGAGAGUAACGCCGAACACUGGAACCAGCUCCUGCUCUCGCUGCGAGAGCUGACUGAGUGGGUAAUCAAGAAAGAGACAGAUCUAGCCGCGCUUCCAGCCAUUGGUGGAGACGUAUCCAUACUGGCAAAGCAACAAGAGGAACAACGGUCCUUCCGGAGGCAGUUGGACGACAAGAGGCCCAUCAUUGAGAGCAGCUUACUUGCCGGAAGACAAUACAUUGCCAAGGAACCGCCCUUAUCUGACACCAGCGAUUCUGAGGCCAAGGAUUACGAUGACAGUAGGGGCUACAGGAGCACGGAUGAGCAAGCGAGGGAAAUAACGAGAAGCAUUCGCCGUGAGGUGAAGAAACUAUCGGACAAGUGGAACGGUUUCCUCAGCCAUGCCGAACAGAGGCAAAAGCGACUAGAUGAUGUGCUGCAUAAAAUGCAGUCAUUACAAAGAGCAAUGGAUGACCUUGGUUCGAGGCUUCAAGUGGCAGAGAGUACCAAAGCCCAGUGGCCUCCAGUGACUGAAUUUCUAUUGGAUCAGCUUCCAGGCCAAAUUGAUGACCUCAGGGCCUUUCGGGACCGCUUGGCUCCCCUCCAGCUGCAGGUUGACGCCGUCAACGAAGCGGCUGGGGCAAUCACGGGCUGCAACGUCCUGCUGUCGCACAGUAACCUGAACCACCUGGAAGAGCUGAAUACACGCUGGCGCAUGCUGCAGUUGUCCAUCGAUGAUCGCCGCAAGCAGCUGGAGCACGCUCUCCUGGAUCAGGGAUCCGCUCAGCAGCAGUUCCUCAAUGCAUCCGUUGAACAGCCAUGGGAGCGGGCUGUUGCUGGAAAUAAAGUGCCUUAUUACAUCAAUCACCUGUCAGAAACCACUCACUGGGACCAUCCGAGGAUGAUGGAGCUAAUGGACUCUCUAGCUGAAUUUAAUGACGUGCGGUACUCUGCCUAUAGGACGUCCAUGAAAGUUAGGACGAUACAGAGGAACCUGUGCUUGGACCUAGUCUCCAUGAAUAAUGCCAUCAAUGCCUUUGACCAACAUGGCCUGAGAGCCCAGAAUGACAAACUCAUCAGUGUACCAGAGAUGAUCACCUGUCUGUCUACAAUAUAUGAGAGCAUUGCUCAGGAACACCCCAACCUGGUCAAGGCUCCACUCUGCAUUGACCUCUGCCUCAACUGGCUGCUCAACCUCUAUGACACGGCUACACGAACAGGAUACAUUCGUAUUCUGUCCUUCAAAGUUGGAAUCAUCUUAUUAUGCAAGGGGAACCUCGAAGACAAGUUUAGAUACCUGUUUCGGCUGAUUGCCGAUGGGAAUGGAAGCGCGGACGAGCGGCAGCUGGGACUCUUGCUGCACGACUGCGUACAGAUUCCCCGAUUGCUGGGCGAGAUCGCCGCCUUCGGAGGCUCCAACAUCGAGCCGAGCGUACGCAGCUGCUUUGAGCGAGCGGGUAGCAGCCGCCGAGAGAUCCAGGCUUCUCAUUUCCUCAAUUGGCUUUUGCAAGAACCUCAGUCCCUGGUCUGGCUGCCUGUGCUGCAUAGGCUCGCAGCUGCUGAGACAGCCAGGCACCAGGCCAAAUGCAACGGCUGCAAGCAGUUCCCUAUUGUUGGAUUUAGGUACCGGUGCUUAAAAUGCUUCAAUGUGGACCUGUGCCAGAGCUGUUUCUUCUCUGGUCGAAAAACCAAAAACCACAAGGUCACACAUCCCAUGCAAGAAUACUGCACUACGACAACUUCGGGAGAAGACGUCAGGGAUUUCACAAAGAUAAUGAAGAACAAGUUCAAGUCGAAGCGUUACUUUAAGAAGCAUCCUAGGAUGGGCUACCUACCUGUGCAAACAGUGUUAGAAGGAGAUGACCUGGAAAGCCCCGCACCGUCUCCACAGCAUACAUUGUCUACGCAGGAUAUGCAUUCCCGUUUAGAGUUGUAUGGAAACAGGGUGGGAGAUGGUGAAUAUCGGGCAAGAAGUAACUCCACCCCUGAUUCGAGCGAAGACGAGCAUCAGCUGAUUGCUCAAUACUGCCAGACAUUGAGUGGCGAGCUUCCAGCAUCUAUGUGCAAUUCAUCGUUAUUUCUGCAACCGAGAAGCCCCGCUCAAGUGAUAGCAACCAUUGAUGCAGAUCAGAGGGAUGAAUUGGAGCUCAUGAUAGAGGAACUGGAAGAAGAGAACAGACACCUACAAGCGGAGUACGAGCAGCUACAAGAGCUCCAAACCUUGGGCACCCCACUGAGCCCCACGGUGAGCAGUCAGGGAGACGAGGAGAUCCGUGCCGUGCCCGCCACUCGGGACGAGGAGAUGCUAGCCGAAGCCAAGCUGCUCAGGCAGCACAAGGGCAGGCUAGAGGCGCGCAUGCAGAUCCUGGAAGACCACAACCGACAGCUCGAAGCUCAGCUGCACCGGCUCAGGCAGCUCCUGGAUGAGCCGUCUCCGCGCGGAACGUCGCUCUCGUUGUCCCAGCACAGCUCCCCUUACACGACGCCCGCUCACUCAUUACCGAGGAACAGGGGCCUGGCCCCGGAGUCUUCGAGGAACGGGAGGCUUCACGACCACGCAGGUGCUUCGGUCGUUUUACACACUCCAAAUUACCACCACAUGGUGGGACCUGGCUACGGCAGAAUCAUCGGCGACUUCAACGAUGUAGGCAGCGACGACGACGAAUACAGUGAAUCAGAGAAUGGAAGAAACCUGCAUUUGUGAUGGACCCAGACGUCUAGUUUGACUUCCAACUGUCUGUGUCCCGUACGUGUUGCUUGCUAAGUUGAAACUUUUCUUCCAGCAAGAAUCCUACAAGCCCUUCAGUCAAGGUGGCUGCGACAAAGUAUUGUCCUCAGGGAUCGCGUGUAUUCCGUUGUCCUUGUCGAUGCCAACGGGAUGAUCAAUACUCUUGUUGUGUGUGUAUGUGUGUAGCUUGGUUUGGGGCUUACGUCACGAGCCGUUUCUUUCUGUCGCCUGGGUCGUACCUUGAAUUAUUUCUAAACCUUCAGUUCCCCCAAAAAAUUCUCUCACCAUUCCGUGGCGGUGUUAGAUUGCAAUGCAAUGUAAUACUGGAAUGAAUGCUGGCAAUGAGGGCACGUUAGUAGACAUAAUUUAUGAUAACUCGAGCUUCAAAGGAUGAAACAGGUUGCCGACAUUCAUGAUGCAGACGUAUAAGACUCCUGCAACAGUAACAAAGGGUGACGUCACUCUAAUGUGAUGCUGAUGCCCUUAGCAUUGCGUUUUUUCCUUAGGGGGUCUGUGAAGAGAUUUCUUUUUUUGCUAAUUUCCAUUUGACAUAAACGUUCUUCAACACACAGCCAAAGCUUUAUGUUUGCCAAUAGAAUGGCUCUCUCACGAGAGAAUUUAAGCGAAGUAGCGAAGGUUAUAUACGCCGGGCGCCUUGCCACGGCGAGUGACGGUAGGAAAGCUGUGCAGAGAAACUUGACGCCGUACCUGGUUAUGUCACCGUAUGACCCAUAUGUCACCGUAUGACCCGUAUGUCGCCAUAUGACCCAUAUGUCGCCAUAUGACCCGUAUGUCGCCAUAUGACGUUACUGAGCACGGGAUGGUUUCGAUCUCAGUUCGUGAAGGAACCGGAAGUGACGAAGGGAAGCGGAGAAGCUUCCUCCGCAUUGUUUAUUGGCACGACGCUGCUUUGCAAGCUGUGUCCAAGCCGAAGGUAACGAGGUACCUCGCAUAGUAGUCAAGAAGUGAGAGGGGGAACGCGAGAGGGAGCACGAGCGUGAAGGAGAGGUACAGAGCGAUUUUCGACCGCACGUGAAUAAAACGCGGCACACUUUAAUCGGGAACAUUUCUGGUGUACGAUUUCUCUGGCAGGAAGAACUGUUCGGCAAACAAAAAUUUUACGGGGUGUUCGGACAGUUUCGUAGCUGCUUUACGGUGGAAUUGACCGCCCGUGACCCUUGCGUGCAGACACAUCCAUGUAGUUCGUGGAAUUGGUUGUAAGCGUUGCACACAUGACAGUGCAGCUUCCAGUGUUGCUAACAGGCAUUCCCCCUCAAGGGAGCUUCUCUUACGAUGCCUCCUUUAACAUUUCUCAUUUUGAAGUGCACUUUUAGUGCCUUAUGCCAUCGUUUUAUACCUGCCUGUGACUUUAUUGCAUGUUUGUAUUUCGACAGCUGGGCAAAAUGUUACCCGCCUUUUUGUAUCAAUUUCGCCAGUACAACAUGCGACAAGUGAGAAUGGUCCGAUACGAGUGAUUUUAUAUCUUAGGUGCAACAGAAGUACGUUUGGCAGAUUGAGGUGCGCAGCUAAGUCCCAGUACCCUUUGCAUCUCGUCGUCGCAACUCUUGGAAGCACUUCGAGAACACAUUCUGAACCUUCUGUAAAUAUUCAGCGUUAUUUGUGUCGCAGAAGUGCUGUGUUUUCACAUAGAGAACGUUUCUGCGAUGAGCUUUGGAAGUAAGAACAUGUAGGUAUAGUAACACACUGUACACUUGGUGAUGCAUUUCUGUCGGAAAUGGCAUUAGGACAUGUUAUGGGAAAAAUUGCAUGACGCAGGAAAAUGUUACCCAUCAGAAAUCGUAUUAUCUGGGAUUGUGGCAGUUUCAUUGUGUAUGGUAGGUAUCUCCAGUCCCGAACUUGCAGUACAUAUGUGCAGUGGAUAUGACAACUGUAUUAAAUGUAACAACUUUUUUGCACGUGUUGGAGCAUUACAGCUUUCAGCGUGCAACUGUUCACUGCGACUUGAUUAGUCGCUGUGCAAACUUCCAUAAUGGGAGAAAUGUGCAACUGUAAAAAAGAUGUUGCUGUAAAAAAAAACUUGCAUACCUUGUAACCUGGACAUUCUUCUAACACUUUUGUACGAGCAGCUGUCUGUGCACAGGCUGUGUUUGGCCCUACCCUGUUCUGUGAUGCCCUGUUGGAUGUAGCAUAGGCAACAAUUCUCUUGUAUAUGACGUGUGAAAAAUAUCCUUAGUACUCGAGUUACUCCAAGUAUCAUGAAGUCCUGUUGACAUUUAGAAGCGUGUAGCGCGUUUUAAUGGAUGUUUACCAGAAGAAAUGCUCUGGAAUGGUGGCAUGAUGUUCUUGUUCCAAAAUAUGACGCACUAUUUGUGAUGUAAGUGUGUGUGGACGAAUUUCCCCUCGUGAAAAAUGCAGUGAAGCUCCGAUGAUGCGAAUUCCACAGAAACAGAAAAAAAAAUAUCGUAUUAUCCGAGAAAUCGCAUUAUCCGAAACAUCGCAUUACCCGGAAUUUCGUAUUACCCGAAAACUCGCGUUAUCAGCGAGAUUGCACUAUCCAGAAAAUCGUACGAUGCUCAAGAGCGCAAAAAAAAAAAAGAAAAAAAGUCACGUAACGAGUAUAAUCGGUGUUUCAGUGCAUUUUAUUCCAAACAAAACUAUACUUGUAACCUCAUGAUGUGUUUUGUGUCAACGUC